AUGCCGUACAACACCCGUCGCAAGUCACUAUCUCUCCCGUCAUUGGGCAUUCAGCUCCCAAAUUCAUCUCGUCGGUCUCCUUCUAUCUCCAAAGUUCACACCGAUGAGCAUCCUUUAAAAAAGGUUAAGAGAUCGCACGGUUCUUCAUUAUCACCCGAGCCAUCCGACUCCAAGACGAUUGUACGCGGCCGACAUGGACUAUUUGAGAUUACACCACCUCCGUCACCUAUGGACGGAGUAAUGGCACCCAAGAUCGAUACAGAAGGAAUUAACGACGACAUUGUGGUCGCGGUAAUUAACCAACUGGAAAAGACCGGGAACCGCCCGCACCUCGUGAAGGAACUCGCCGCAGUUCUGAUUGCGCUGAAUGUGAAUGUUGCUAAUUCUGCCAAUCCAGCUGCGUUGCUCUCAUCACGGUUAGCUGCCUAUAUGAAGCGUUCCUGGACGGCUCUCGCGCCAUGCCCUAUUGCCAAGGAGCUUAUCUUAAUUCACCCACGCAAAGUGUACUACUAUCUUACUACGUUCCCUCAUCAACCCAUUCCUGAGAAUGACGAUCUGGUUUCGGCCAUGGAUCACAAGCAUAUUACUCCCAGUGUGUCUAGCCUCGACGAGGAGGAUACGAUGGUGCGGGAACGUAGUCCCAGUCCCGAAGUGGACUUGUCUUCCCCCGAUUUUGAGGAGCAUUUGAACAGCUCAGCCAGCCACGGUUCUUCUGACCACUUCCCCGAUGCCAGUAAUUUGACGCGUCUUAUGCACUCGCAUCGUGCGGCUUCCCCGCCCCUGGAGGGUGAUGAGAAGGAAUUCACACAAACCGCCAGCGCUGUGCGUGAGCGUGCAUCCGAGGAGAAAGCCAGCGAGUCGAGCCGUAGUCAGUCCAUCCUCUCCGAGAGCUUGAGUGCUCUGGGAGAUCGUGACAUGUGCAUGUCUGAAUCGCCUGUGAACGGCGGUUCCAUGUCUCCGUCUAUGCAUGGCCACGGUAUGUCCGAAGAAGAGUAUAGCGACUACUUCUCUCACAUGGCCGUGGACCAAACGGUCCAGGAUUUGGACGAGGCCGCCGCGACUACAUUGUUCGGUACCUCGCCCUCUCCCUCCCUCACCUCCAUCGCAUCAUCUGUCUCGUCUGGCACGAGCGCUAUGACCGAUCUUGGUGUGGAUGGUGAGGAGCUUACUGGUCCUCUCGCUGCGCCUCAGAUCAGCCUCCCCGAGGAUCUGGAUGCUGCACCCGUGUCAACCCUCAAGCGCUCGCUUGACAUGUUGAACAGCGGUCUUCCAGAUGUCGAUCUGAAGAUGUCCGACCUGACUGAGUCGCACGAGAGGCUCACUCUGACCCCUCGGCCCAUCUCCAUGAUGCCGGAGCCCGUCUUCGAUUCGUGGAGAGAGCUGCAAAACCCAGAGAUGGUGGAGGUCGAUGAGCUCGACGAGAUGUUUGGCGAAUUCUAA